AUGCGGAAGCCAGUGCUUGCCGAAACCGUUUACGCGACGCUCUUCCCGCGGCAACGCUCUACUGACCCGGGUUCCUUCCCUGCCCACAUUACUCGCAACCUUGUACCGGAAGUGCGAAUCGAGACGAAUGCUUUCUAUGGACCCCUCGACUGCAUUGAAGCCCAGUAUCCCGGAUUGGACUAUGCCCAUCCACCCCACCGUCUCAGACUAGGUCGCUUCCCAUGGCACCGCCGCCUGUUCCGCGCAUUCGACGAACUCAAGCUCACUGCAGAGGAAAUCUCGGAGUUGUGCUGCUGGGAGGGUACUAAGUCUGCGCGCCAGCGCUAUGAGUUGGAGGAAGGCAUCAUAGUACGGGACACGACUGGCGAGAGUACUCGCAGUGAGACGCCUCCACCUCUGCCCGCGGUGACAAUCCACCCAGACUUCUACACCUUGACGGAGGAGCAGGAAGAGGAAGACUACUAUGACACACUGGAGACGCGGAGUGACGACACUGUGCGCGCGAGCCAUUCACGUAGCUCCAGUGCCCUUGCCGACUUUCCCACCCCGUUGGAUGACGACGAGGACAGCGACGAGGAAGUGGAGAGCUGUGGCCUGGCCCUCAACGAUCGUCUGUUGGCAGCAACGGCUGCACGAGCGCAAGGUGCCAACGUGCCUGUCGACGAGGACUACGAACAGUGGCUGAAAGACGCCAACGAGCGCGGCGGCUACGGCUGGAUGGUGGCGGCUAUUCGCGCUAACCAGCCAUUGAACGAUCCCGAGGCAGGAGCGACCUCAUCACCCUCUAGCCCUCACAUUGAUGACUUCGGACGAGUCCAGGCAAGGCAGGUAGGGGAAGCUAUUCGGUCCGCUAGUCUUGCAGCAGCGAUGCAUGCGGCUGAAGCCCGAUACCCGCAAUAUCCAGAGCCGCCAGAGGUCCCGGACUAUUACACGACUCCAUCUCGGCAAUAUCUGAACUGGCGCGAGCUCCUUGCAGAGGAUGAGAUGGAUCAUGCUUUUGCCACGCAGCCUCAGACAACGACACGCACUCCCAACACAGCACGCUAA